AUGAGUAUUCUAAUUCGAUUCAGAACGAGAGAUGGGAUGUUAAGAAUCCCAACUAAUGAAGAUUCAAAGUUUAAAGUUGUAUUGGAUGAUUUGGUGAAUAAGAUUAGUUGUAAGGAUUUGGACGAAAUUUAUAUUGGCAUUGCCCCCAAUACUAAAGGUGAAGUAGCUUCAUCCAUUUGUGAUCGUACAGUUAAAGAUUUGGGACUUAAGAAUGGAGAAUUACUAUUUGUGAACUACCAAGCAAUUCCAGCAGCUGCUCCUACUCCUCUGAAAUCAUCGAUUAAUAAAUCAACAAUUCAAAUAGCAACUGGUUUGGUGCCACCUCAUAUUAAUAAAUCAAUAGGGCCCCUUUCUGUUAAGCAAUUGCCAGUUGAUGAUUUAUUGGAUGGUCAAGAUGGGUUAAUUAAACGACCACAGUCACAAUUAUGCAGACAUGGGGACAAAGGUAUGUGUGAAUAUUGUUCACUGUUACCUCCCUGGGAUAAGAAGUAUCGGGAAGAAAAGGGUUUCAAACAUAUGUCAUAUCACGCUCAUUUGAAUGAAUUGAACGAACAAAACAAAAACAGUUCAUCAUCUUACAUUUCGCCCUUGGAAGAACCAGACUAUAACAUUGAUUUAAAGUGUAGUAAUGGUCAUUCACCAUAUCCCCGUGGUAUUUGUUCUAAAUGUCAACCACCAGUUAUUACACUUCAACAGCAACAAUUUAGAAUGGUUGAUCAUGUUGAAUUCUCUGAUUCUGCGAUUCUUAAUACAUUUAUUGAAAGUUGGAGACUUUCUGGAGUUCAAAGGUUUGGUAUUUUAUAUGGCAGUUAUGAACCAUUUGAUAAAGUACCAUUGGGUAUAAAAGCAGUGGUUGAAGCUAUUUACGAACCACCUCAGCAUGGUGAAUCAGAUGGUUUAACGUUAUUACCUUGGGAUAAUGAACAACAAGUUGAUCAGGUGGCUCAACUGCUAGGACUUUACAAAGUGGGUAUUACAUUUACAGAUUUAACGGAUGCCGGAAUAGGAAAUGGGAAAGUGUUGUGUAAAAGACAUAAGGAUUCAUAUUUCCUUUCAUGUUUAGAAGUAUUAAUGGCAUCAAGAUAUCAAUUGGCUCAUCCAAAUGUUAGCAAACACAGUAAAACCGGAUUUUUCAGUUCCAAAUUUGUUACUUGUGUUAUAAGUGGUGGACUACAAGGAGAUAUUGAACCUAGAUCUUACCAAGUUUCAACUUCAGCAGAAGCAUUGGUGAAAGCUGAUAUCAUAACUGCAUCAACUCAACCAAACCAACUUUAUAUUAAUAAGAGUGAUGAGAAACGUUACGUUCCUGAUGUGUUUUAUUCCAAAGUUAAUGAAUAUGGACUUGAAGUGAAAACAAAUGCCAAGCCUGCUUUCCCAGUGGAAUUCUUAUUAGUAACUCUUCUGGAUUCUUUCCCAUUGGAACCUAAUCCUAUGUUUGAGUCUAAAUUCCCAAUUGAGAAUAGAGAAUUCUUGGGUCAAUUACAAGAAUUAAGUACUGUUUCCAAAGUGAUUUCUUCUACAUCAGAGAAUGAAGGUCGUCUGCUUGUGGACUUCCACUUUUUAACAUUUCUUCUUAAAAUCAAUGUCCUUGGACCUUCUGAGUUUAAGUUACUAUUGAAGUUUGUUAAAGAACGUGACAUUCAAGAUUUACAUGUAUUGCAACAAAGUUCUGGGUGGAUGACUUUACUUACUAUUCUUCUGGUUACGUAA